AUGCCUCCCAAACCGGCUACUCGACGGCCUGCCGCCCAACGAACAGAGCAAGCUGAAGGCAGUGCCUCAGCUGCCGCCGACGCACCCUCUACUCAAAAUGGACCCGCCUCUACCGGCCGACAACCCGUGCAGCGAUUACAAUCCUUGAAGAAGCGCGAGUCUUCCGGAAGCAUUCCAGCCACAGGCCGAUCUCUCUCGAAUCUUCCCGGCGAACCAGCGAAACCGGUCCUCAAGUAUCAGCCGAAGAAAGGUGUUCAGCGCCGCAGCAAAGAAGACCGAGAUGCCAUGGCGAAGCUUGAGCAGGAACGGCAUAAUGAGCGACUGAAGGAAGCGGCUGCCAUUCAGCGCGGUCGAGGUGGUGGCCGAGGUCGCGGGGCUUUCCGUGGUCGUGGCGGGCCUGUUGGUACGGGUGGAUUUGGACCUCAGGGCGGCGCUCGGAGAGGUCGUGGUGGGAGUUCGUUUGGACCGCGCUCUUACGACCGGUCUCAGACUCGCUCUGUGUUUAGCACUGGUGUUGGCGGUAGCGGUAGCAGACCCCCUGCAGAUGAUUAUUACUACGACUCAGAUGAUGAUGGUGAAAGCGGGAUUCGCAUUAGCAUUGAUCAAAUCGGUCUUUCUGAUGACUCGGACUCGGACUUGCCUAAGGAUCCUAAGGGAAAGCUGCCUGCCCGUAGUAGGGAUCCAGAGCUUAGGGGUCUGAAGCCUGUCCGUGUGCAGCGAAUUGAACAUGAGGAGCGAACUAUUUCUGUGAAUAUGGAGUCCAGCACAGCUCGAACGGAUGAAUUGCGCAAGAAGGCCGAGAAAGAAGCCAAGAUCGCGCAGGGAGAAGAAGUCACUCCGGAACAAGAGGAAGAGCCUCGUGUCAAGGCCGAGCCCGUCGACGACGAGGACACCCCAAUGGCAGAUGUGGUACCAGUAGAGGAUGAUGGGUUCCUCCCCCAACAAAAGCUAAGGCUCCAGAGACCCCGAAGGUCAAACGAGACCCGCGAGAACUCCUCCGCACGAAAGGAGGAGAUUGAUGAAUACGACCGUCAUCUGGACGAUUUGGCUCAUGUGCGCGAACUCUUCCGCGACGAUGAGCCAGAGAAGAGCCCAGAAUCAGCGUCGACCGAAGCAGCAACGCUUGAACCCACCACCGAGAAGACUCCCGCUGCCGAUGAGGACACUGAUACUGCCACGGAGGGUCAAGACGAGAGCGAAAAGCAAGAAACGGAAGAGGACAAAACCCCGAAGAACCUCGUGGGUCAGCUCUUCCUCAUGCAAUUCCCACCUAUGACGCCCAACCUCAUAGUCCCCGGCUCUGAAAAUCCACCAGCCGCAGAGCCGGCUGCAGAGCAAGCCUCCGAGACAGCCCCGGAGGCAAACGACACAGAAAACGAGGUCAAGCCCGAAGGCGACGUUGAAAUCACGGACGUUGAUGCUCUCCCUCAGGCUGAGACGCCUAAAAUCAUCACAGCUACUACGGAUUGGUCCUUGCCAGCUGGCAAGGUGGGCAAAUUAAACGUUCACAAGUCCGGGCGCAUUACUAUGGACUGGGGCGGCGUUAGCUUCGAGCUUGAUCGGGCAGCAAUGGUGGACUUUGUACAGGAGGCAUUGAUUGUUUCCUCAUCAAAUGAUGAUCCCGAUGUGAAGAAGGAGGCAGAAGAAGAAGAGGAGAACCGGGUCUGGUCCAUGGGCCAGCUUUGCGGCAAGUUCACUGUGAUGCCGAACUGGGACGAUAUGCUUUGA